CGUAGGAGGGGGGUGGCGCUUCAGACCAUGCAACUCUACAUUAUAAAAAGUCACAAACUCUUUCAAUCAGACUCAAACAGCAGCAGAAGAGAAGGAGAACCAAUCUGAAAUAACAGAGACCAGCUGUACCACAUCUGACACACCUCAACCACAAGAAUGCUUUUCGUGUAUAUUUUCCUGUUGCUGACGAUGAGCAGAGUGGGCCUGGGUUCUCUGCAGGAAAAGCAGACUGACUUUGGCUUGAAGGUGUUCUCUCUGCUGGCCAAGGACUCCAUGCACAAGAGCCUGGCUUUUUCCCCGUAUGGUGUUUCAUCUCUUCUGGCUAUGGCUCAGCUUGGUGCGGAUGGAAACACCCGCAGGGCCCUAACUACAGCAAUGGGAUUUUCUCUCCAAGAGCGAGGGAUGCUUCGGCAGCAGCGCCUCCUUCAGUCAGACCUAAGUAGAGAGGAGGGGUUGGAGAUUGCCAGUGGGCUGAUGGUGGAGAGGAAGAUGAGCUUGGAGAAAGGAUACCGCAGAGUAAUGAGCAAAGCCUUCCAGACACACCCUCACCAGGUUGACUUCACUAAACCAGACCAGGCUGUCAGCAUAAUCAACGCCUGGGUCUCAGAUCAUACUGCAGGUGCCAUCCCUGAAUUUUUGCCAUUUGGAUCUCUGACUGAUGAGACCCGUCUGGUCCUUCUUAAUGCCCUCCACUUCCAAGGCCUCUGGAAGAUUCCCUUUGACCCCAAACUGACACAGGAGAGGAUGUUCCACUGUGCCAAUGGCAGCACUGUGCCUGUACACAUGAUGAGACUCACCAACCAAUUCAACUAUGGGGAGUUUGUGACCGCUGAAGGAGUGGAUUAUGAUGUCAUUGAGAUUCCAUAUGAAGGCGACACACUGAGCAUGCUCUUGGUGUCACCCUUUGAGCCUGAAGUUCCACUGAGUGUGCUCAGUGCAGAACUGAGCAGCGAGAAGAUUCAGCAGUGGAGGGCAGAGUUGAGGAAUGUCAAAAGACAGCUGGCUUUUCCCAGGUUUACUCUGGACUCUGAGGUGAACUUGAAGACUGUCCUAUUAAACAUGGGACUGGGUGACAUGUUUAACCUGGCCGCUGCUGACUUCACACGUAUCACCUCUGAUGAGAGGCUUUGUGUGUCAAAGAUCUUCCAGAGGGUGAAGAUUGAGGUGAAUGAACAGGGAACCAAAGGAGCGGCAGCCACAGCUGCUAUUAUGUUUUCUCGUAUGGCGGUGGAGGAGAUCACUCUGGACCGACCCUUUCUCUUCCUUAUCCAGCACAAGAGCACAGGUGCCGUUCUGUUCAUGGGUCAGUACAACCAGCCUCAACAACAAUAGCACACUCCAAAGACCAGAAGCCUGUACUAUGAAGCAUGAUUUGGGGCUACCGAGGUGACUUCAGCUUUAACCCUGGGUUUUCAGGAGCAUGACAGUUACACCUAACACCUAACCUACUCCAGAGCAGGUUAUAAUUAAGAAAACGGACCAACACUUAAUUAAACCACCCCCACUGACCAAUCACUGUCCUUGGAAGUAAAGCAUCACCUUUCAAAGAAGAUCUCAUGGAGCUUGGUGCAUGGAAAAUAAAAGGGAGUGCAACAGGUUUACUGCUGCAAGGGAUUAAAAUCUGCUUAGUUGUUCUACUUGCCUUUAAAGAGUGAUACAAUCCCAAGAUGAAACUGACUGAAACAUUAAAGCAUUAUUUCCUACAUUUUGACCUUACAAGAUUUGCAGUAAGCCUAAUUACCAGAAUGAAGACUGAAUGUAAGAUUAUGAUUUUAUCCUCCAUGUCACCAUGAAAUUAGUUUAUUUUUAUGACAUCAUUAUUUAUUGUUUACUUAAUUAUUUUGUGAGUAGCCUGUUCUUCACAGAGGGAGUUGCUACUGCAUGCAGACUGGCUGCAUUAAUAACAAAUGAAGAUGUAUUUUUUUGGUAUCAGUUUUUACAGAUUGUUACUUGUGUUGUGUAUUUUUCUCAUUUGCAUUUUUACAAAGUUGGAUUUGUGUUUUUGCAGUGUUUCUAUUUAUUAAAUACAAUGUUUUUACAAA